AUGCAUAGUGCCACGAAUCCGGAGGGCGUUAGUAUCAGUCUGAAGGAUGAACGUGUCGGUAAUCUGGUCAUAGUCACAUCAACUGCAGAGGAUACAGCUCGGGUCAAGUCGCAACUGAAGAUUAUUGUCAGACAGUGCUGGUCUAAUCCACCCCAACACGGAGCUCGUGUCGUAUCUACUAUCCUCAACAACCCUGCUCUCUGUCGCGAAUGGUACGUUGGUUGUAAACUAUGCAUAACUUACUAG